UCUGACCCGGCGACAUCCAUUGAUGAGAGACAUGUUGUCCAGGGUUCCCUGUAGUUUUCUGUUGUCCCUGUUCUGGGGUUUGGGUCACGGCGGGCCCCAGACGAGCCCCGACCUCAGCAUCACAGACCAGCAGCUGUUCUGGGGAGCCGACCAGUACGACUUCUCCGUGGUGCUUCCUGCCGCGGGAAACGAGUGCUUCUGGCACUUUGCUCACCAGGGAGAGACGUUUUACCUCAGCUUCAUGGUCCAGUGGGUGACGGGAAUCGGCCAUGACCGACACCUGUCUGUCACCGUCAACGCUCCUGGCGGUCUGUUGGUGUCCAAGGUCGAUGACGCAACGGACCAGAUCAACUUCGAGGCCAAAGAAACAGGUUUCUACCAGAUGUGUUUCAGUAACUUCCACAACCGCUUCAGCAACAUGCAGGUCUACCUGAGCUUCGGCGUUUACUACGAUGUCCAAACAGACGCCUCCAAGGGCCGGGAGGAGGAGAAGAAGAAGAAGGAGGAAGUGGGCAAAGAGCUGAACAACACGCUGAGCAUCAUUGAGGAAACCACCCAGAGAGUAGACCGGUACGUGUUCCACAUGUUCCGCUACUACACCUUUGGCCACAUGCACAGGAGCGCCGACUACUUCCUGCUGCUGAACAACUCCCAUUACAUCACGUGGUGGUCCAUGGCCCUCAGCCUCCUCAUCGUCACCUCCGGGUACCUGCAGCUGCUGUUCCUGAGGAGCCUGUUCAGCAGCACCGGCCCCGAGGAGAAGCCCCGCUGCUGACGCACAGGAACCAAGGCUGAAGACAGCAGCAAAAGAAUAGAAAUAAACCUACAAACGUUGUUGUGGCUGUAGGUGGGGAUGUUUUUUGCUGCAUUUCUGUAAAAAAAAAGACCUUUAAAUAAAAUG